AAGGACAACGAUGCUGUCGUCGACGAAGCGAAAGAAGGUACCGAGGCUGUGAAUUCGCCGCAAAAGUCUACGCCAACCAACUUCACCGAAAUCAUCGUGGAAGUCGCGACGGGGAACGCGCCGAGCACGACGGCGGCGUUCGCGAACAUGGGACUCACGGAGGCGUCGAUGCGAGCGAUUCACGAGGUGAUGGGAUUCACGCACGCGACGGCGGUGCAAGAUUCGACGCUGCCGCACAUCAUGCGAGGAUUGGAUGUGCUCGCGCGCGCGAAGACGGGAAGCGGGAAAACGGUUGGAUUUUUGUUGCCGGCGAUCGAACGGUUGGCAAAACAAGGAGCGCCGCGAAAGGGGGACGUGUCGUGCCUGGUAAUUUCGCCGACGAGAGAGUUGGCGUCGCAAAUCGGCGAGGAGGCGAAGAGUUUGUUGACGUAUCAUCCGUUCAAUUGCCAGGUUGUCUUCGGUGGGACGAACAUUAACAGCGAACGAAAGCGAUUGACGUCGCAAGGGGUUGAAUUUUUGGUCGCUACUCCCGGACGGUUGAUCGAUCACUUUGAGUCGAGCAACUUGGCGCGCGCGUGCCAAAACCUCGACGUCUUGGUGCUCGACGAGGCGGAUCAGCUUCUCGACAUGGGUUUCCGACCGAGCUUGGAAAAAAUUUUGUCUUAUUUGCCUACGCAGCGACAGACGUUGUUGUUCUCCGCCACGGUGCCGAAAACGGUGCAUCAAAUCGCUGCCAACGCUUUGCGACCGGGUCAUCAGUACAUCGACUGCGUCGGCGACGACGCACCGGCGACGAAUUUGCAAGUUAAGCAAUCGCUCAUCGUCGCCUCGUUUCACGACCACUUGACGCUGAUGACGCAAGCUAUUGAAGAACAUCAGGCGGAGGAACCAAAUCACAAGAUCAUGGUAUUCUUUCCCACCGCUCGUUCGACGCAACUCGCGUCAGAAAUGUUCGAGGCGUGCGGCAAACCCGUCUUUGAGAUUCACAGCCGCAAGUCUCAGGCUGUUCGUACGAAGGCGGCGGAUAAGUUCCGCGAAGCCCGCGCGGCGGUCAUGAUGUCUUCUGAUGUCACCGCACGCGGUAUGGACUUUCCAGACGUGACGAUGGUUAUUCAAAUCGGUGUUCCGUCUGCUCGCGAGCAAUACAUUCAUCGUCUUGGUCGAACCGGGCGCGCAGGCAAGACGGGCAAAGGCUUGCUCAUGCUCGAUCCCGCGGAGAAGUUUUUCCUCAACGGCGUUCGUGACUUACCCAUCGAAGUCUUAAACCCUGCGAUUGAUUCUCAAGUCGACCAGCGCGUGCGCAAGGCCAUCAGCAGAAUCAAUCCGGAUACCAAGGCGCAAGCAUACAGCGCAUGGUUGGGCUUUUACAACGGCUCGAGCGGAAAGAUGAAGUGGAGCAAGGACGAUUUGAUCUUUGCAGCCAACAACUACGCCUUGGAGACCUUGCAGUGCGAAAGUUUGCCCGGUCUUUUGAAGAAGACUGUGGGUAAGAUGGGUCUCAAGGGGUUCACCGCGAACUUGAACAUUGUCUCCGAGUUGGGCGGCGGCGGCGGCGGCGGUCGCGGCGGCGGCGGCGGCGGUCGUGGCGGCGGUGGCGGCGGUCGCGGUGGCGGCGGCUUCGGUGGUGACCGCGGCAGUGGUGGAUUCGGCGGUGGUGGCGGUGGUCGCGGUGGUCGCGGCGGUGGUCGUGGUGGCGGCGGUGGUCGCGGCGGCGGUCGCGGCGGCGGACGCGGCGGUGGCGCCAACGCGACGAGCAUGAACUGGCAACAGCAAAGCUUCUAUUGAGCGCGGUGUCACCCUUUUUUCAAAUAAAUUCGCAGUAGAUUACAUUCUUUUAUCCGUCGUGUGGACU